UGCACUCACAAAUAUUUUGGAGGUCUAGAGCUAACUGCUAGAUUGCUAAAUAGGCAGCUUCCUGGGAAAAAAAACAACAAAAAAAAAAAACCCCCAUCAGUGGUCAUGUCAGUGGAGGCAUAUGAGCUGGGAACAAUGGGGCCUUUGGCAGGAUGCUGGUUUCCUGAGUGUCCUGCCUGUACUUGGUGGUGAAGGGUUUUGGAAAAAAAUAACCCUAUUGUCUUGCUAAUCCUGUUUUUGAGCUUGAGCAGUGAAACAAUGUAUCUGGAUGCUUGCCCAGGAUGCACUACUAUAAAGCAUAGAAACACUUUCUUCUUCAUCUACAUGGACUGUUAUCAGUAAGACGGAAAAAGCCAGGACAUUAGAAUGGAAGUGGGAUUCCAUGGAUCAGGCUGUGGAGGGGAUAUCUAGAGAGGGCAAAGGAGACUUUCAGGAUGGGGAAAACAUGUGCAGUUUUUCCAGAUUCUAGUUGAAAAGCUUCGUAGAGCAACAUGAGCUGGAGCUUUCUCACUCGCCUCCUCGAAGAGAUCCACAACCACUCCACCUUUGUGGGGAAAGUGUGGCUAACUGUGCUCAUCAUCUUUCGCAUUGUGCUCACAGCAGUCGGAGGUGAGUCCAUCUACUCCGACGAGCAGACUAAGUUCACCUGCAACACCAAGCAACCGGGCUGUGACAACGUGUGCUAUGAUGCAUUUGCUCCCUUGUCGCAUGUUCGCUUCUGGGUCUUCCAGAUCAUCAUGAUCUCCACUCCCUCCAUUAUGUACAUGGGUUAUGCCAUCCACAAGAUUGCCCGAAGUUCAGAGGAGGAGCGCAGGAAGCAGCAAAGACUUCGCAAAAAGCCACCUCCUCACUUGAGAUGGAGAGAAAGCCACCAUCUGCAGGAAGUCUUAGAGGAGGAGGCGGAUGAUGAUGCUGAGCCCAUGAUCUAUGAGGAUACACUGGAGGUCCAGGAGGCCAAGCCUGAACCAGUAAGCAAUACUAGCAAAGACCCACCAAAAUAUGAUGGCCGCAGAAGAAUAAUGCAAGAAGGCCUGAUGAGAAUCUAUGUUCUCCAGCUCACAUCACGAGCUAUUUUUGAAAUUGCUUUCCUUGCUGGACAGUAUCUCCUUUAUGGUUUUCGAGUUAACCCUUCAUAUGUAUGCAACAGGGUGCCCUGCCCACAUAGAGUGGACUGUUUCAUCUCCAGGCCCACAGAAAAAACAAUCUUCCUCCUAAUUAUGUACGUGGUAAGCUGUCUUUGUCUUGUGCUAAAUGUGUGUGAGAUGCUUCACUUGGGAAUAGGCACUUUUCGGGAUACUCUUCGCAUGAAGAGGAAUCGUGGUCAGCGAAUGUCUUAUGGCUACCCAUUCUCUCGCAACAUUCCAGCCUCCCCUCCAGGGUACAAUCUUGUGAUGAAGACAGACAAGCCUAGCAGGAUCCCCAACAGCCUCAUCACACAUGAGCAGAACAUGGCCAAUGUGGCCCAGGAGCAGCAAUGCACCAGCCCAGAUGAGAAUAUCCCUUCUGAUCUUGCAAGUCUGCACCGGCAUCUACGGGUCGCACAGGAACAGCUUGAUAUGGCUUUUCAAACAUAUCAAACUAAAAACAACCAACAAACUUCCAGAACCAGUAGUCCUGUGUCUGGGGGCACUAUGGCAGAGCAAAAUCGAGUCAAUACAGUCCAAGAGAAACAAGGAGCAAGGCCCAAGUCAGCCACGGAGAAAGCUGCAACCAUUGUAAAAAAUGGAAAGACCUCUGUCUGGAUCUAGAGAUCAAUCUAGCAAAUCUUUAGUAAAUAACAGUAAAAACUCCCCAGAACUGCUGCACUAUGUGUUUGUGUGAAAAACGACUUUGGACAAUAACAAGUGAAAUUUCAAUCUCACUAUUUAAAGAAGUACACAGUAGGCCUAGUUUUUGGAAAUUAAAAAAUAAAACAUGAAGCAAUUAUUAACUCCAGCAUCAUGAAUCUUCCUUGUUACUGUAGUGUGUCAUAUUGUGCUUGCCAUAGAUUUUGGAUAUGGUUAACAUAUGCUUACUUAGUUUAACCACUCUAUUUCCAAUUAAAAUGUCAAAACAUAAACAGACUGCUUCAAGCUAUUUCUUUACCAUAAUUUUCAUGACUGAUUUGAAGACAAUUUUCUCUGAAAAGGCACAACUGGAUUUGCAAUCCACAUCUGAAAAUGCAGUCUAAAACACUGUACACGUGCACAGUGGCUCAUUGUGAAGAAUGAUGAAUGUUAUUAGAAGGACGCAUGUUUAAUAUUAAGAGAAGGAUUUCUGGAUGUAGUGUCAAUUUUCUUCUCCCCCUGAAGAAAAUUAAAUGUGAAAUAUAUA